CAUGACCAAAAAACAGAUUGCUGUGAUUGGAGCUGGAAUUAGUGGACUGGGUGCCAUCAAGUGCUGCUUAGAUGAAGAAUUGGAGCCCAUCUGCUUUGAAAGAAGUAAUGAUAUUGGAGGACUGUGGAGAUUUCAAAAAAAUUCCUCAGAGAAAAUGCCCAGUAUUUACAAAUCUGUGACCAUCAAUACUUCCAAGGAGAUGAUGUGCUUCAGUGAUUUUCCCAUUCCAGAUCAUUUUCCUAACUACAUGCACAACUCCAAACUCAUGGAGUACCUUCGGAUGUAUGCCAAGCACUUUGACCUCCUGAAAUAUAUUCACUUUAAGACAAAAGUACAAAGUGUGAGGAAGCGUGCAGAUUUCUCCAUCAGUGGACAAUGGGAUGUUGUUGUGGAGACUGAGGGGAAACAAGAGGCCUUCGUCUUUGAUGGGAUCUUGGUCUGCAGUGGGCACCACACAGACCCCUAUUUACCACUUAGAUCCUUCCCAGGCAUUGAGAAGUUUGAAGGAUGUUAUUUCCACAGUCGAGAUUACAAAAGUCCAGAGGACUUUGUAGGGAAAAGAAUCAUAGUGGUCGGCAUUGGGAACUCUGGAGUGGACAUUGCGGUAGAGCUCAGCCGGGUGGCCGAACAGGUAUUCCUCAGCACUAGACGAGGAGCAUGGAUCUUGCACCGUGUUUGGGAGAAUGGAUACCCCAUGGAUAGUUCAUUUUUCACACGGUUCAAUUCUUUUCUCCAGAAAGUAUUAACAACAGCUGUAAUCAAUAACUACCUAGAAAAGACAGUGAACUCAAGAUUCAACCACGCACACUAUGGGCUGCAGCCACAGCACAGGCCUCUGAGUCAACACCCAACUGUCAGUGAUGACUUGCCAAACCACAUCAUUUCUGGAAAAGUUCAAGUGAAGUGCAAUGUGAGGGAGUUCACAGAAACAGAUGCUGUUUUUGAUGAUGGUACUGUGGAGGAGAAUAUCGAUGUUGUUAUCUUUGCUACGGGAUACAGCUUUUCAUUUCCUUUCCUCGACGGUCUGAUUGAAGUCACUAACAAUGAAGUGUCCCUGUACAAGCUGAUGUUUCCUCCCACCUUGACGAAGCCAACGCUAGCUGUCAUCGGGCUUAUCCAGCCUCUGGGUAUCAUCCUGCCCAUUGCAGAGCUCCAGUCUCGCUGGGCAGUGCGAGUUUUCAAGGGUCUGAGCACAUUACCUUCAGUGAAGAAUAUGAUGUCCGAUAUCACCCAGAGGAAAGGAGCUAUGGAAAAACGGUACGUGAAGACAGCCCGCCACACAAUUCAAGUGGAUCACAUUGAGUACAUGGAUGAGAUCGCCGCCUUGGUGGGAGUGAAGCCCAACUUGCUGUUCCUCUUUUUCUCAGAUCCAAAGCUGGCCAUUGAGGUUUUCUUUGGCCCCUGUACCCCAUACCAGUACCGCCUGCAGGGCCCAGGCAAGUGGGAUGGGGCCAGGAAAGCCAUCAUGACCCAGAGAGAGAGGAUUAUCAAGCCCCUGAGAACUCGGGUUGCAAGUGAGGAUAGUUGUUCAUCUUCAUGGCUGCCUUGGAUGAAGGUCACACCAUUUGUCCUGGCAUUUCUGGCUGCUGGCCUACCAUACUUUAGAUACAUUCAUCAUGUAGAGGGAAAGGAAUAA